AUUGUAAUAUAUUGUAUUAAUUAGUAUUUUUAAUAUAUUCGCUUUUCGGUGAAGAAUAACAUCCUGAGGAAACCGGGCAAAUUUCAUGUUGGAAGGUCAGAUUAGUCGCUUUCGUAAAAACUAGUACCUACGUCAAAUCUUGGGAUUAGUUGUUAAAGCGGACCGCGGUCCCCCAUUAGCCGCGGCGAAUGCCGGGAUAACGUAAGGGGGAUGAUAAUUUCCCAGAUAACUUGAAAAUACUGAUUUUAAUACGCCUCACACCACUUAAUGAAAAUAAUUUAGACUUUUUGUUACAGUUUACAAAAUAAUAGAAAACUCUCAACUAAUCUACAGCACCAGAGCUCUAUGGCGGCCCAUAGACAAGAAAAACAACACAGCUGUAAUAACUUACUAUAACAAGUCCAAAUCUAUAGCCAACAAAUAUGGGAUAGUAGAAGAUUAUAGAAAGAGUAAGAUUCUGUCUAGGAGAAGGAUGGAUAUAAGGAAACAUACGUUGACGAUGGUCAAUGUGAUUACGGACAGUAAUGAAACUAGGAAGCAUAUGGACGAUAGAUUAAACCUGCACCAAGACUCCAUAACGAAGAUGUCGUACAUGGUGGUGAAGAUCUGCUUCGAGAUGAUGAACUCCACGGAGAAGCUGAUCUUCACCAACACCUGGGGGUACGUGGACAAGAACGGCUCCUGGAACGGGAUCGUGGAGCGGCUUAUUAAGAAGGAGGGGGAUAUUGGUACCUUAACAAUCUUCACCCAAGAACGGAUGAAGAUCAUCGACUACAUUGCCAUGGUUGGAACCACAGCCGUCCGCUUCGUGUUUCGAGAGCCGCCUCUUGCCUACGUCUCUAACAUCUUCGCUUUACCCUUCACUGGAGCUGUCUGGCUGGCUGUUUUCGUCUGCGUAUUGGCUUGUGCCUUGUUCCUCUAUAUCACUUCUAAAUGGGAGGCAUCUAUGAGUAUGCAUCCAAUGCAGCUUGAUGGAUCGUGGGCGGAUGUACUAAUCUUGAUAAUUGGCGCUGUGCUUCAACAAGGAUGCACUCUGGAACCUAGACGUGCGGCAGGCCGUAUAGUGACACUGUUACUCUUUGUCGCCCUAACAAUAUUGUACGCUGCAUACUCUGCCAACAUCGUCGUGUUGCUCCGGGCCCCUAGCUCCUCAGUCAGGAGUCUGCAAGACAUAUUGAAUUCCCCUAUCAAACUGGGCGCCAGUGAUUUCUCCUACAAUAGGUACUUCUUCAAGAAAUUGAAUGAGCCUCUGCGCAAAGAAAUCUACAACAAAAAGAUUGCACCGAAAGGAAAGAAAGAAAACUUUUACACUAUGAAGGAAGGAGUUGAGAGGAUCAGAAAGGGUCUCUUCGCUUUCCACAUGGAACUGAACCCAGGUUACCGUCUCAUCCAAGAGACCUAUCAGGAGGACGAGAAGUGUGAUCUCGUGGAAAUCGACUACAUCAAUGAGAUAGAUCCUUGGGUACCUGGCCAGAAGCGUUCGCCGUACAAAGACCUGUUCAAGAUCAACUUCAUCAAGAUCCGGGAAUCCGGCAUCCAGCACUGCAUCCACCAGCGCCUCCACGUGGGCAAGCCGAGGUGCCUCGGCGCAGUCAACACGUUCAGCAGCGUUGGCAUUAUGGACAUGUUCUCGGCUUUGUUGGCCACGCUCUAUGGCAUGUUUAUGGCACCAGCUGUGUUGUUGGUGGAAAUCGCUUAUAAGCGGCUAAUGGUGGCUCGAGAAAAGAGAAAGCAGUACAGUAAUUCACACUUAGUAUACUAAGUAACAUUUAUUAUAACUAGAGAUGGGCCGAAUAUUCGGUAAAUAUUCCGUAUUCAGCAUAUUCGGCAGGUUUUUCAAUGUUCGUAUUCUGCCCAAUAAUUCGGUUGCAUUGGCGAAUAUUUACCGAAUAAACAAAGUACAUAACUAAUGAUUAUAAGCUCCUAUUUUAGUAGCUUUCUAAGGAAUUACUAAAAAAAGAUAAUUGUCUAUGAGUCAGAAUAUAAAUACAAAGUUGAAAAAACCGUAGUUUAAGAGUUGAGAAGAGUUCAGAGUUGUUUUAACUACUUAAGUUUUAGUUAAAUCCACUAAAUGUUAAGAACAUAUGUAGUUCUAGUAACAUAUAUGUAUGUAUAACCAUUAUCAAUCAUUUAAUAGUUUUAAUCUUAUCAUCCGC